AUGGAAACGAGUAUCGAGACGGACCAGACGAAGACAGUUAAUAUCCCUGUUUUGGAAUAUCAUUCACCGAAAUAUUCUCCGUAUCUAUCUCAAUUAUUUUAUAUCUAUCUCCUUCAUUUCCAGUCAGGACUUUUUAUUUCGUAUUAUUAUUUCAAUAUUUUUCAUUUCAUAAGUAGAUUAUCUAUCUAUCUAUCUAUCUAUCUAUCUAUCUAUCUAUCUAUCUAUCUAUCUAUCUAUCACAGCUUAUUUCUCUUCAUUGUUUGUACCUUCAAAUGCCAAUUUCUCUCUCAUCUCUCUCUCUCUCUCUCUCUCUCUCUCUCUCUCUCUCUCUCUAUCAAUCUAUCUAUUUCAUCCUCUACAGUAUCUAUCUAUCUAUCUAUCUAUCUAUCUAUCUCAGCUUUACAUCUGUUGGUCUUGAAUCAAUCAGACCCACCAUAUUCAAAUGGUUUUUUUUGCUUCGAAUGUAAAUAUAUUUCUUUCUUUCUUUCUUUCUUUCUUUCUUUCUUUCUUUCUUUCUUUCUUUCUUUCUUUCUUUCUUUCAAGCUAGCUAAACUAUUUUGUUCGUAUCUAUCUGUUGCCAUAUAUAGUCUGGUGCCCCCGCUUUUCACUCUCUAUAACCCCUUGCGUAUGCGUGGCACCUCCGGCUUGCCUGGGAUGAAUGCUUAUAAAAUAUCUAUCUAUCUAUCUAUCUAUCUAUCUAUCUAUCUAUCUAUCUGA